AUGGCUUAUGCAGACCAGCCAUCUAGUGACACCACAACAACGUAUGAGGCUCACGCUAACGAAUUCAUGGAGGGACACCAAUGGAGCGCGUCCGACGUGGGCUGCGCUUCAGUCAUCACCAUCCAAAGAGUGAAUGAUGCUGAACGUGACACACCCACUACAUGCCCUGUCGACAUUACUUCUCGUGGUGAAUGGAACGCAGUUGGAGAUGAUAGGAACAACACUCUCCAAUCUGAAGCUGGCGUGAAUGCAGGCUGGAGACCCCCAUCCAGUGUGAUCCCAAUCCCGAACUCGUAUAUGCCCGCAGAUAACUUCACAGAGGAUCCUACGGCAGAUGCAUGGUACUCGAUGCCGUGGACUACGGAGCCAUGCUCGUGGGAGACGUUGCCCGCAUCUUUCUGGGGUUGCACCUGGCCUCAAUCCAGUUAUCUGGCCGGGUCCGAGACCGACGGUUUCUUACAUCCGUCAAUUCCUGUACAGCAGUCGGCAGGUUGGCCCUUUGGAAGUGAGGCUGAACAGCCUCAGCAUGCGACGGGAAGCGGGAUCAUGCCUUUCUGGGUAAAUUACUCACAGGAGCUGUUCCAUUUGGGUCCCUCUUUUGAUGCACCGGACCCUAUUCCUUCGUCCGUCGCAGCCAGGUUGUCUUCUAUGCCACCAGAAAUUAGGCCACCAAGUAUCCCAAAUUUGCAUCGUGUGCAGCUGGCCGAAGAUGUCAGCUUGUCAUUCCCAACUGACAUCCCAAUGCAAUUGCCUUCUUGGAAUCCGUUGGCGCCUGUUUUCGCAGCACUGCUCAUGACAGACUUCCACCGCCGCAGCAUGCAUCAGGAAUCACCUGCGCCCGUCCCUGUGCGGAACAUCGAGUCGCUAGGACCCCCAUCGCUACAGCCUAUGAUAAGCCACCAUGAAACCCAACCCAGCCCGUUCGAUAAUGUCGGUACCAAUAGCUAG